UCGACCUGCGCCCGUGCGCCUCCAGCCGCAGACAGCGCCGCCCGCCGCGCGACAGUGCAGUGCCGCGACAGUGCGCCCACCAUGCCGUGCUGACGAGCGCGCGCUGCGACUCACUCCCAGGGUUCGUAUCGCGCCGAGCGAGCGGCGGCCGACCGACCGCCGAUCACUUGAUCGCCUACAAAUCACAAGUGCCGACAAUCGUGAGCGACAGAUUUCAGUGAAAUUUGGGAGAUAGCGGCUCACAGAUCACUUCGCGUACAGAUCAUCUUGAAGGAAUAAAAUUAAUUCAUACGAAACCGCGCGUGAAAGUUACAGUCCACCGCAACGUAGGUAUUGAACUUGUGAAUGUGAUUCGAGAGAGCAUCUUCGUAAUAUAAAUUGCCUUGUAAAAAAACAUCGCGGAAGGCCUACUACUCAUCACAUCCUCUUUUUAAUUGAUAUACAUCAAGCAUGAUAUUUUUGAUCAACUGUAACGUAAACCACAUUAUGAAGAAAUGAUUGGCUAAGUCAGCAAGUCCUCACCGUCGCAGUAGCGAUGUCAGUGAUCUGAAGUGUCGUGCAUCUGAGGAGCCGUCGACUGCGCCGGUGUGCGGCUCGGCUGCGGCGGUGCGGGGCGCGGGGCGGGGCGGGCGCGGGCGCGACGCGCGAUGCGCUGACGCCAUGCGCGCGCCGCGAUGCGCGCCCGCGCUGUGCCCGGCGCGGCGCGACUGCUGCUGCUGGCGCUGCUGCUGGCGAGCUGCGCCGGCAACCCGGACGCCAAGCGGCUGUACGACGACCUGCUCAGCAACUACAACAAGCUGGUGCGGCCCGUGCUCAACGUCAGCGACGCGCUCACCGUGCGCAUCAAGCUCAAGCUGAGCCAGCUCAUCGACGUGAAUUUAAAAAAUCAGAUCAUGACCACAAACUUAUGGGUGGAGCAGAGCUGGUACGACUACAAGCUGUCGUGGGAGCCGCGCGAGUACGGCGGCGUGGAGAUGCUGCACGUGCCGUCCGACCACAUCUGGCGGCCCGACAUCGUGCUCUACAACAACGCGGACGGCAACUUCGAGGUGACGCUGGCGACGAAAGCUACGCUGAACUACACGGGGCGCGUGGACUGGCGCCCGCCCGCCAUCUACAAGUCGUCCUGCGAGAUCGACGUCGAGUACUUCCCCUUCGACCAGCAGACCUGCAUCAUGAAGUUUGGCUCCUGGACUUACGAUGGAUUUCAGGUGGACUUGCGACACAUCGACGAGGCUCGCGGCACCAACGUGGUGGAGCUCGGCGUGGACCUCAGCGAGUUCUACACGUCCGUCGAGUGGGACAUCCUGGAGGUGCCUGCGGUUAGGAACGAAAAGUUCUACACGUGCUGCAACGAGCCGUACCUGGACAUCACAUUCAACAUCACCAUGCGGCGCAAGACGCUGUUCUACACCGUGAACCUCAUCAUCCCGUGCAUGGGCAUCUCGUUCCUCACGGUGCUGGUGUUCUACCUGCCCUCCGACAGCGGCGAGAAGGUGUCGCUGUCCAUCUCCAUCCUGCUGUCGCUCACCGUGUUCUUCCUGCUGCUGGCCGAGAUCAUCCCGCCCACGUCGCUGGUGGUGCCGCUGCUCGGCAAGUUCGUGCUCUUCACCAUGAUCCUCGAUACGUUCAGCAUCUGCGUGACGGUGGUGGUGCUCAACGUGCACUUCCGCUCGCCGCAGACGCACACCAUGGCGCCGUGGGUGCGGCGCGUGUUCAUCCACGUGCUGCCGCGCCUGCUCGUCAUGCGCCGGCCGCACUACCGCCUCGACCCGCACCGCAGCCGCUUCGCAGGCCUGGUGACGAGCGAGGGCUGGUCGCCGUGCGCGGCGGUGGCGCCGGGCGCGGACGGGGAGCGGUCGCCCUCGCCGGGCACGUGCCGCGUGCACGACGCACCGGCGCUGUGCGAUGCGCUGCGGCGCUGGCACCGCUGCCCCGAGCUGCACAAGGCCAUCGACGGCAUCAACUACAUCGCCGACCAGACGCGCAAGGAGGAGGAGUCCACCAGGGUGAAGGAGGACUGGAAGUACGUGGCCAUGGUGUUAGACCGGCUCUUCCUGUGGAUCUUCACGCUGGCCGUGCUGGUGGGCUCGGCCGGCAUCAUCCUGCAGGCGCCCACGCUGUACGACGAGCGGGCGCCCAUCGACGUUCGUCUUUCCGAGAUCGCGUACGCUGCCGCCAAGCCGCGCCCGCCGCCACCGCGGUAGCUCCCGAGCGAUGCGCCCACGCGCCCACAACUGCCGCCGUGCGCCCACGCGCCCACAUCGCCGUGCGCCCACGCGCCCACAUCUGCCGCCGUGCGCUGACGCUGUGCGUCCACGCGCAAUAACGCGGCGUAACUAAUGCCCGCAAGCAAGACACUAAUAUUAUUGUAAAUAAAAUUAUAUUAUAUAAAUAGUUUAUACGACGAAAUAACGUGAUCGAAGAUAAGUCGAAUUUCUUUUGAUAGAGACGAAAUAAACUCGUUUGUUUACAA